AACAAACGUUUACAAUUAUAUCUCGAGCAAUCUGCGGAAAUUCCUCGAGGCAGAAAACAGAAGCAACUGGAAUCAAUGGAGGACUUUACCCGAUUCUUAAAACCCUAUCCAGAAAUCCGCCCCUUCGCUGAGUCGCUUGCCGAGACUGGACUCUACCAUAUGCCGCCAGGAGCUUGUUACACCCAGCAGACGUCAAGGUGGUCUCAUACGAGCCUCGCUCUGGCUACAGCGCGCCUCAGACGCACAUUUCUCGAACGCAGACAGGCCGAGAUUAACGCCGAGGACGCGCUAUUGAGGCAACGACAACUGAUGAAAGACAAAAAGGAACAGCUGGAUCGCGCAUGCGUUCUUUAUGACCAGAGACUCGUCCAUAAUCUGCCGGUACAGCAGGAACGCAAGGACGAGAUCAGAAACACUGCUCUUCAAAAAGAAGUGAUAAAAUGGUAA